AUGGGAAAAACGAAACAAGAACCUGUAGAACAGGAAGAUCAAAAGGAUAUCAGCAUUAAAACAGAAGCCUUAAGUUAUGAUGAUAAAGUGGAUCAUUGCAGUACAAUCGCCAAGCCGAUGGCUUCAAAGAAAUUAAGCAAAAAGAUUUACAAACUUAUUAAGAAGUCUAGUAGUCAUAAAAAUUAUAUUAGAAAUGGUCUCAAGAUCGUUCAAAAACAGCUACGUCUAGGUGAAAAGGGAAUGGUGUUCUUUGCGGGUGACAUAUCACCAAUAGAAAUAAUGUGUCACUUACCCGCUGUAUGUGAGGAUAAAGAUGUUCCAUACUGUUACACACCAAGCAGAAAAGAUAUUGGAGCUGCCAUGGGUACUAUGAGAGGGUGUAUAAUGGUUCUUGUUAAAGAACAUGACGAUUACAAAGAACUGUAUGAUGAAGUUCAAAGUGAGAUAAAAUUAUUGGGACAUCCUUUAUAA